AUGUCUAACUCUCAACCUUCAUUUCCGCAACCCACACCUCCAGCAGCAAACAUCGACGAUGAAGAAGACCCAUCUGAUUCUUGGGAAACAGAAGAAAAUGAUGAAGAUGACUUUGAUGAGGACGAAGAAGAUGAUUUUGAUGAUGAAGACGACUUUGAUGAUGAAGAAGAUUAUGAUCGAGUAGCGGACAAGGAUGUAAUUUGCUUCUCCGAGUCUGUUGAUGCAACUUUGUAUGAACAAAGAAUUAAGACUAAAGGAGCCAUUCUAUUGCAACACACAGAAGAGUUUUUCCGAAUGUGUAUCUUCAAUAAUGAGGGAAAAUUUAAAAGUGAAGAAGAGCUUCACCGAUGCACUCUUUUGCUCAACAAGAGAAAGUCAAAAGAAGAAUGUGAGAAUUGCUUGACUGAUGAAGAAAAGAAAAUUGUUGAAGCCGUUAAAAACGAUUCAUAUACAUACACCAUUGUACUCGUCACUUCGAAAGAGGAUUACAAGAAAAAAACACCAAUUACACAACUUGCCUCAUUCCUAUUUGAAUACAGCAAUACGUUAAAUGGAUCUAUCGUGAAUGUACAAUUUCUGGAUGAGUAUUUCAAUUCUGAAAGAAAUGCUGAACAUAUCAUUUAUUCGGACGAUAAUGAUUUCACUAUUGGACUACCUUUUCAAAGCCACUCACAUCCAGUAUUAUUACUGUAUGGCAGUGAGCAAUCAAAGAAUGAAAUGAUUGAAUAUUUCAAUGACCGUGAAGUUCAGAUACUCAGUAAGGAAGUCUAUGACUCACAAUCCGUUCUAUUGGGCGAUUGUACAAUUGUCUUGAGCGAUGAUUUCUUUUUAAAGAAGCCAGAAGAAUUAACUUCAGAGGAAAUUGACAUUCUCCAUUUUUAUAUCCACACCAAUGGAGUUACUUUUACUCGAACAAAGGAACUAUUCGAUGAAUGUAAAGAUAUUAGCACUGAUGACUAUGACUCGUGUGAGGAAAUGCUAAGAAAGUCUGGAUACUUUGAGCAAGUGUAUAAUUUUUCAGUACUCAAAAAACGAAAAGAUAGACGUUAUUUACUUGACAAAAAAGAAGUACAAGCCUAUGCUGAGGAUCUUGCUGGCUUACCUACUAUUUCUGAUCAUCAACGCCUUACGAAAAUGAUUCCUAAUGAUUUGAUUUACCACAUUAUUCAAUUCUUGUUGCCUUCAGAGAUUUUACAGCUGAGAUUGCUGAAUAACCUCUCAAACAUUAUGUGCUUGCAAGACUUUGUUUGGAAACAAGCGUGCUACAACACAGCCAAACGAUUCAGGCAGUUCCUCUCUCCAUUCUUGGAGGAUAAGAUUUAUGACAUGCCCUAUUUUUUGAUUUACAGAAAUUAUAUCAAUCCACUCUUGAUAGAUCUCAAGUACAUUCAUCAAGUAUUUGAUAUACCAUUAGUCGAUAAGAAACUAUUAGAAGAGUCCAUUUCAACUGCCUUAUUCAUAGACACAAGUUUGUGCAAGGAUGACCACAUACCUAUAGGAUCAUCAAAAAUGGGAGGAGCUUUUGACAUGCCAUCACUUUUUGAUACACAAAAUGUUGUCGAUCACUCUUUGAUUUUACAAUUGAACUUGGAAGAGGGUAUGCAAGAAGGUUUAUUUGGAAUAUCUUAUCAUAAUUUGAGGAAACGACUCAAAUCGAAUAUUAUACCCAGGACAGGAGUGUUAUAUUUCUUUCACAUGAUUGAAAGAGGAGCAAAGGUGUUUUAUUACAAUGGCCCAGUUUCAAAGCUUAAACGAUUUGGUUCUGGUGACAAGAACACGUUUGCAGUGACAUUUUAUGAGGCACUCGAACUGAAGGAUUACUCAGAAGUACAUUUUACAAGCGAUUUUUUAAAGUUUGAAGAAGACUACAGCGAAGCAUUGUCAACCUCUCUCACACAGUUCAUUCAUGCUCCUUAUGUACAGUAUGAACCACACAAGCUUUUUGGUCAAUGCCCUAUUAUUCCUAAAGAAGAUUUUUCAGAAUAUGACAGCGAAACUGACUCAUCAAGUGAUAGUGAUAAUGACGAAGAUACCUACAGCUAUUUGGACCUGAAUGAAUUUUUAUUCCCUCUACUACAACUAUCCAAAGACUGUAAAAUUCAAGAAAACAAUAUUUUGGAGCUUGAACAGACUGACAUUAACUUCUUGGUCGAAGGAGAACCGGAACACUUUGUGUUUGAUAGGGACAGUACAUGGAAGCAAGUACUUGAUUGUGGGGAUGGGCAUGCUUUAUUUGAGCUUGAAGAGUCAUUCAACUUCAGUUAUGGAAUAUGUGAAAGAAUUUUCACCAAGUUCAAAAAGCUAGGCAAGGAGAGAAUUAAGGCCAACACAAAGACCCGACGAGAUAUCAAGAACGAAUAG